ACCAAGAGCUACGACAACCCACCGAUCAUCAACACAAUGGACGCAGUCCUCGACCCGUUCGACGAGCUGGCCGAGUUGGACGCCCACAUCGUUUUCGCAGCCACAGCGCAGUACGCUACCGCCCCGCCCGAGACGCAGUCCUCGGUUGGGGGCGAUGAGGCGGCACAGGCCGUCGACACAGUGACAUGGGACCCAGGGCAGCCGCAGCGUGCCGCGCGAGCCGACCCUGAUGCCGCUCCGCCCGAGACGCUGUCCUCGGUAGGGAGCGAUGAGACGGCUCAAGCUGUCGACAGGCAUAUGGCACAGGUACCAGGGGAGCCGUUGCCAACGGCACACCCUGAUGCCGCCCCGCCCAAGACGCAGUCCUUGGUAGGGGGCGAUGAGGUGGCGAAAGCUAUCGACUUGACCGCUGCGAAAGGCAACACGGGUGGCGAGAUGAUCCUAUCCAGGUACCACGUCCAGGCCACAACCUUCAACCACCUCCGCGACCUGGCCAUCUCCCAGCGCAGGCCCGACCCGUUCCGCGGCUUCACGCCCAUGGUAUGGCACAGACGCUCUGGCAACCUGGUUGUUAUUGCAGCGCAUCUGGAACCCCACAGGCAGAUCGAGGGUGCAGUGCACGAUAAGUUACUCUCGCUGGGUGCCUUCGUUACUAUGCUCACUGACCCGUGGAUCAUCCUGGCCGAUUGGAAUAUGACACCUGAGCAGCUCGCAGCAACAGAGUGGCCCGCCAAAUGGAAUGCUACCAUCGUGCGAGCGCCUGGAUCCGCCACGUGCGACAAGGGCCAGGGACUCACGCUCGACUUCGCAUUGGUCAAGACUGGCAUCGAGCACACGUUCUCCAUUCACGAGCCAGCAGCACAGGAGCCUAUCCCGUAUGCUAUCCCGAGCGACCUCUGGGAGGAACAAUGGCAGCAAGCUGUACCCACACGUUGUAAGCAGCCUCACGCGCACUUCGUGUACACCCACUGGGUGCAAGACGCCGACGACCUCAACCUCAAGUACGCCAAAUGGGUCACGGCGCUCGAGAACACCAUGAUCAGCCACCACCAGAUCGACCCCAAGGAAGCCGCAACAUUCACAGGCCGAGCCCAAGGCUACCAAUUGUCUUGGAAGAAGACGACCGCCGCCCCAGGCCGCGUACACGUACAUGACCCCCAGUCGGAAUGGUGGGCAAUCACGCUCACCCUCAUCAAGCGCUACGCUGCGCUUCACGACAAGCCCAAGCACGCAGCGCUCAUGCAGCAGCAGGCCUCCAUCAUCCAGCAGCGCGCGGACCACUUCAACACUCACUUCCACGACCUCCAGUUCGACAAGGACGAGGACACCAUUUUCCGCUGGUUUGCACUCGUCUGGGCCCCGCACUUGGACAAUGAGGACACCGACGACUUGGUCACUAUUACCGCUACUUGGGCCUCCAGAGCGCUCUCCGCAGCCCUCGCUAAGUCCAAGAGGGCUUACGGUGCUUGGCUCGCCAAGCAAUGGAAACACCGCCCUGGAGUACUACACGCCCAUGUCAAGCCUGCGCCCGUACGUCACAUCGAGGCCUACACGACCAACCAGACCAUUGCCGACCCCACCGUUAUCAUGGACAGCAAGAAGCAACAAUGGCAACAAGUAUGGCAGGCCACCGAGACCCCCGAUGACAUCCUACAGGCGCUGUCAAAG